GCGUGUCUAAAAAGAGAAAUUAAGCUGGGGUGUAUUUUCGCCACCCGGUCUUUUUAAGUGAAGGCUCGUUGCUGACUCACUAGAUGUCUGAAUGUGUUGAUGUGAAGUUAGUUGCUGUAUUUUGGUUGGCUUAACUCUAGUUAGUAGUGCUUCUUGGUUUAAGUCAACAUGACAGGCCGUAAACGACCAUUGGCGACAAUGAUGAGCGACGGUCACGAAGACUUGAACACACCGAAGAAAAGAGUGUCAGCGGUCCGUCUUUCGCACUCGGCCUACUCACGAUGGGGAAUGGAUGAAACUUGCCGUUACCUACGAGAUGAAGGUCUGGGACAGUGGCAAGCCCAGUUUAGAGAACAUAACAUCACCGGUGUCGUGCUGAAGUGUCUCAGGAGGGAAGACCUGGAGAAGAUGGGCAUUGAGCUUCUUGGUGACCGACUGCGGAUCUUACAAAGCCUGGGAAAGCUGUGGUGCAUAGAAGAGUCCCCGCAAACAAAUAAGGUCUUCAAUGAUCCCAUUCAUGGGCAUGUCGAGCUACACCCACUUCUCGUCAAUAUUAUUGACACGCCCCAGUUCCAGAGACUCCGAAAUAUCAAACAGUUAGGGGGGACCUACUUUGUUUUCCCUGGAGCAUCCCAUAACCGCUUUGAGCACUCUAUCGGGGUUGGUUACUUGGCAGGACUACUUGUGAAAGCAUUGAAUGAGAAGCAGCCUGAACUUAACAUUUCUCAACGAGACGUCUUGUGUGUGCAAAUAGCUGGGCUCUGUCAUGAUCUGGGACACGGGCCUUUUUCACACAUGUUUGAUGCCAAAUUCAUUCCUAAAGCACGUCCUGGUUUUUCCUGGAAGCACGAGAAAGCAUCAAUUGACAUGUUUGACUACCUGUUGGACAAAAAUAACCUGAAGCCUCUGAUGGAGGAACAUGGCCUGGUGCUGCCUGAGGACCUCAACUUCAUCAAGGAGCUCAUUGUAGGACCUCUGACCACUAAUGCAGGCCAGGACCAAGAGUGGCCCUUCACGGGACGAGAGAAGGACAAAUCCUUCCUUUAUGAGAUUGUAGCCAACAAGAGAAAUGGUAUCGAUGUGGACAAGUGGGACUACUUUGCCAGGGACUGCUACCACCUGGGUAUCCAGAACAACUCAGACUAUCGUCGCUUCCUUAAAUUUGUGAGGGUGUGUGAGGAGGACGGACAAAAGCUCAUUUGCACUCGAGACAAGGAGGUGGGCAAUCUGUACGACAUGUUCCACACACGAAACUGUCUCCACAAGAGAGCCUACCAACACAGGGUGGGCAACAUCAUAGAGACCAUGAUCAAUGAGGCCUUUUUGAAGGCCGAUAAUCACAUCCAGAUCCAAGGCUCAGGUGGAAAGAUGUUCACGCUCUCAACAGCCAUAGAUGACAUGGAGGCCUACACCAAGCUGACAGAUUACGUGUUUGAGCACAUUCUCCACUCCUCCACCCCGGAGUUGGCUGAGGCACGGCAAAUUCUACAAAACAUUCUUCUGAGGCGUCUCUACAAGUUUGUCGGACAAACCCAGAGUGAAAUACCCUUGGAAAUUACUCAGGAAAUGAUUGCAAAAUGGGAGGAGGAGUUGCCAAGGUCAGUUCCUCAGACUGGCCCCGUGUGUGUCCCUCUCCAGGCUGAAGACUUUAUAGUUAGCGUCAUUCAUUUGGACUACGGGAUGAAAAAGGACAACCCCAUUGAUAAUAUGCGCUUCUAUUGCAAGGCUGACCCCACCAAAACUAUUCAGAUAUCCAAGGAACAGGUGUCCAAACUUCUGCCUGAACACUUUGCUGAGCAACUGAUCAGAGUUUACUAUAAGAAGGCGGAUGUUGAGGGCCUAGAAGCAGCCCGGAAGCACUUCGUGCAAUGGUGCAUCAACAACAACUUCUCAAAACCUAAGGACGGAGACAUAAUUGCACCUGAACUCACUGGCCUGAAAGACAGCUGGUCCAGCAAAAAAAAAGAAAAGGACGACAAGGAUUUUGGCUGUAGAAAGUUGGCUGUAAAGAAGCUUUUUUCAUAGAGCCACAGAGGUGUUGUGAUCAUGUGGAAGGCAAAUACUAUUUUUCUUUAUAGAGAAAAUCUCUAGUCUAAGUUUUACUUGAAGAAUCAACAUUUUUUACACCAAAAAAAAACAUUUUCCCAAAAAAUAAUUCGUCAUACACAGGUUUUUUGAUUUAUUUAUUUAUUUUGGAGAAAUUGGAGAUUAGCAUUGUUCUAUUUUGAUCCUUUUAAUCAAGAUUUUACUUGGUUUUAUUCUUCAGUGGCCAGUUAUGUUUUUGCAACAUUAACAAUAAUAAAUAGCCCAUUAAUAGUUAAAUUAGGCUGCAUGAACAAUACAGAAUUUAGUUUGCUCACCUUCCAGGCACAUAUGUGUUUUGCUCAGCCGUAGCCGCAACUCUGUAUUCUGUAUAAAUGCAUAGUGAUGAUGUUUGCUUGGCUCCCACGAUCAAAUAGCUUCCGGUAUUUGUGGGUAUUUGGUGGUGGUGUAUUAUUAUUUAUUUAUUUUGCAUGCAUCACGCAGCUUCAUUUGAAAGUUUUUUGAAUGUCAUUUUUAAAAUUGUGUUUUGGUUAUAAUAGCUAUCUCCCCUACAACGUAUUUAUCAGUGCAUCUUAGCUUAAUACAUUACCGUUCAAAAGUUUGGGGUCACAUUGAAAUGUCCCUAUUUUUGAAGGAAAAACACUGUACUUUUCAAUGAAGAUAACUUUAAACUAGUCUUAACUUUAAAGAAAUACACUCUAUACAUUGCUAAUGUGGUAAAUUACUAUUCUAGCUGCAAAUGUCUGUUUUUUGGUGCAAUAUCUACAUAGGUGUAUAGAGGCCCAUUUCCAGCAACUAUCACUCCAGUGUUCUAAUGGUACAAUGUGUUUGCUCAUUGGCUCAGAAGGCUAAUUGAUGAUUAGAAAACCCUUGUGCAAUCAUGUUCACACAUCUGAAAACAGUUUAGCUCGUUACAGAAGCUACAAAACUGACCUUCCUUUGAGCACAUUGAGUUUCUGGAGCAUCACAUUUGUGGGGUCAAUUAAACGCUCAAAAUGGCCAGAAAAAGAGAACUUUCAUCUGAAACUCGACAGUGUAUUCUUGUUCUUAGAAAUGAAGGCUAUUCCACAAAAUUGUUUGGGUGACCCCAAACUUUUGAACGGUAGUGUAUAUUCCUUUUACAUUAAUAUUGUCACAAUGUGCAAUCUCAACAUUCAUCAGGGCUGAUUGAUUUUGUUUGCUGGUUGUGUAAAAAAUAUUUUAAAUAGAUGGAUCCUGUAAAACAAUGAUGGGAGUUGCAAACAGUUUGGUAUUAAACAU